UUUUUUUUGAAAACCAGCAAGGAUACUGCAGAGCACCUUCAACAAUACGGAUCUUCACAGAAGUGAAACAAUGCUCAGACUACAGACCAUCAUUUGCACUUUUUCCGUGCUGUCUGUUGCAGCACGAGCAGAUUUCAAGGCACGGAACUGCAGCGAGGUGAGGGAGGCUUGUGUCGGGAAAGGCUUCAGCUUCGCACAUGUUCCUCUCCAGGAGAUCCCAGGUGACCAUCUUCGUGUAUGUCCUCAGGGAAGCACAUGCUGCACCCAAGAAAUGGAGGACACAUUUGGCCAACAAAGCAAACAGGACUUUGAGAAUCUAAUUGAUGAAAUUAGUCAUGAAUUGAGAAGCACCUUUGUUGCCAGGCACAAACGAUUUGAUGAAUUCUUCCUGGAGCUACUGGAGAACACAGAGAGGUCCCUGAAUGAGAUGUUCGUGAGGACUUACGGCAAGCCUUACAUGCAGAACUCCGAGGUCUUUGAGAACCUGUUUGCAGAGCUGAAGCGCUACUACACAGGAGGAAAUGUUAACCUGGAGGAAAUGCUUAAUGACUUUUGGUCGCGGCUACUGGAGCGUAUGUUCACGCUGCUCAACUCCCAGUACGUCAUCACUGAGGACUAUCUGGAGUGUAUCAGUAAGUACACUGACCAGCUCAAGCCCUUUGGAGACGUUCCCAGGAAGCUCAAGGCUCAGGUUACCCGGGCAUUCAUCGCUGCACGCACAUUUGUCCAAGGGCUCUCUGUUGGCCGGGAGGUGGCCCAGAGAGUGUCUAAGGUCAGCAGCACUCCAGCGUGUAUUCGGGCACUGACCAAGAUGCUGUACUGCCCCUUCUGUCAGGGCACGCCGGCGAUGAAACCCUGUAAGAACUACUGCCUGAACGUCGUGAAGGGCUGCCUGGCCAAUCAAGCUGAUCUGGAUCCAGAGUGGAACCUGUAUAUUGAGGCUUUGCUGCUGGUUGCACAGAGGCUGGAGGGACCCUUCAACAUUGAAUCUGUCAUGGAGCCUAUUGAUGUCAAGAUUUCCGAGGCCAUCAUGAAUAUGCAAGAUAACAGUGCCCAGGUCUCCUACAUGGUCUUUCAAGGCUGCGGACAGCCAAAACCCGCAGGAAUGACGAGGUCGGCUCGUGGCGUUCCGGAUGUGUUCAACGCUCGCUUCAGGCCGUACAACUCUGAGGAGCGGCCUACCGCUGCAGCUCGUACAAGCCUGGACAGACUGGUGGUUGACAUAAAAGAGAAACUGAAGCUGUCAAAGAAAUUUUGGUCCAACCUGCCCGAGGCGAUGUGUGUGGAGGACAGAGUGACCGCUGGAAAUGCCAGUGAUGAGGAGUGCUGGAAUGGACACACCAAGGGCAGGUACUUCCCUGAAGUUCAAAAGGAUGGACUGACCCACCAGGUGAAUAAUCCUGAGGUGGUCGUGGACAUCACCCGCCCAGACACACUCAUCCGCCAGCAGAUCAUGGCUCUGAGGGUGAUGACCAACAAGUUGAAAAACGCCUACAACGGCAAUGACAUCUACUUUCAAGACUCAAGUGAUGAAGGUAGCGGCUCAGGCAGUGGCAGCGGCUGCACAGAGGUCUGCCCUACAGACGUGGACGUUGCUGCCACCGAAGGCCCGGUGGUGGAAGCCGACCGGAGCGGGCCUGUGGACGACUCUGCCCCGCUCUCUGCACCCUCUCUAGCUCUGGCAACCAUGUUGGCCCUCUCAGCCCUGGCACUCCACCGACAAUGGAGAUAAUGGUGGAGGAACCGGUUACACAUGGACAUGCUGAGUUUUUUGUUGUUGUUGUUGUUGUUGUUUUUUUGCAGUUUUUUUUUUUUUUAUUCAGGCAGAUUGGAGCUACACUCAAGCAGACAGUAUUCAGGCUGCCAGUCUGGAGGCUACAGGACUGAAAAAGAGCAGUCAUACUUCGUGAUCUCCCACUUUCCCAAAGAUCGUGCAGUGCCAUCCUUGGGCCUGACAUUUUAUGGCAUCACUUCACCACCUGAUGCCAACCCAACAAACUCUGCUUCAGAGAUUUAUUGCACAUAUGGCAGGUAUUAAUGUAGGUCUCCAUGUGGAAAAAUAUAACACGCACUUUGAUUGUUUUGA